CAGCAACAGACUGCCCCACCCUUCCCUUUCGUUUUUCUCUCUUUAUAUUUAUAUUCAAUAUAUAUACCCUCGCUUCACACAUGUCAAACAUUGAUCAGCUCAAGUUUUGGCUGGAGGAAGAGCCUGCGGGCAGAGAAGACGAUGUCUAUCUACCACCUGAUACACCUACUGUUAGUCCAGGCCCAAAUACAUUAUCCUUAAUUCACAAGAAAAGGUCAUUGCUAAAGCACCGCUGUAUAGCACGUCUAAGGAGCUAUCAUUAUAAACAACUUGAAAUAAUACGAAAAAAUGUAGCCAGUACUGUACAAAAAGAGAAACUACCUUGUCAGUCUUUUACUCCACCUAUCGAAGUAAUCACCGGACGAGACUAUCUAGCGUACUUUACUCAGGAUAUCCUGGAUUGCAUUGACCAUUUAGAUAAAGUGAAAAGAGACGAAAUAGAUCUUUCAAAGGAUCCAAAGGUUGUUCAGGUCAGCAACGGAGAGUUGUUUCAUGAAAGAACAGAAUAUGCAUCUCAACUAGAAAAACUGUUUGAUUCUCAAUGUGAAGAAGCAGAAAACCAAUAUAGAGCACUUUAUAAUAUAAUAAUAGAAGACGAUGGUCCAAAACUCAACCAAAAGCAAACAUAGAAAGAAAGAAAGAAAGAAAGA